AUGGCUCCUGAGCUUUCUGGCGCCCCCGUGGUCACCGACUUCGGCCAGAUGCGACCCAUGCUGACGCUGAGCACUGACUGGUGGAUGCCGGACCUGGACCGAGCACCAGAGAUUCUCCUGAAGCUCCCAUGGUGGUUCCCCGUUGACGUGUGGUCUGUUGGCGUCAUGAUGCUGGAGCUCCUCGAAGGAAGAAACCUCUUUGAUCCCAUCGACCGCGCCAACAACCAUUAUGUCCUGCCGCUAGCCCUGGCUCAGUACAUCGCCUAUCUGGGUCCUCCGCCCCUGGCCAUCGUCGAGCAGGUAACUGGACAUCCGAACCACCAAUCCCCAACACAUCAUUCGAAGACUUUGUCACCGUUAUCCCUUCGGGCGAAGAAAAGGAAACGUUCUUGA